UGAUUGUGUAUAAUAAAUUGUAUGCUUAUGUAUUAAUCUUGUUGUAGGUAUGGAUUUAUGUAUUUUUUUUGUUAGUUGCCCUUUUUGCUUUUUGAAAAGUUAUAUAUCUUGCUAAAAUUAUUACUUUAUGUUGGUUAGAGUGGAGUGAGGUCAUUACUGUGGAUUUAGUGCAAUUGUGCAGAUAUGUUUGUUUAGUUGGUAAUUCAUGUUUUCAGAAUUUUUUUUUGAUGUUUCUAUGAAUUUGAAAUUUUGGAGCUGUUUAGAGGAAAGUACUAUUUGAUGGAAAUAAUUAGAAGCAGAACAAAUAUGUUUGAUAUGUUUAUACAGUGUAAAUUUAAAAGCAAAAGCAUAGCCUAAAUUAUUGAAGUUGUGGAAUCUACUUUUGGAUUUAUGGAAUUGGUCCUUGGUUAGGUCAGAUACUGGUCUCAAAUAUCUGCAAAGCAAUUGAAUCUUUUUUAAGAACAAUAAAACAUUUUUAAUUUGUAAGUCAUUAAAAUCUGUAUUUCUGACUAGUUUUAUGAAUAAUGAAUAAUCGCAUAUAUGUGCAAAGACAAAGGUGAAAGAGGAAUAGAAGAUAGCUUGCUUUAUACCAUAAAGUGGAAAGAUACUAAAGAUGGAGGUAAGUGGAGAUCUUUAAGGAAAGUGACACCUGACAUGAUAAACAAAAGUUUACAGGCCUAGAGAUCUCCGCAGAUAUUUUUUAUAGCUCUAUUUUGAUCUAAUUUUUGGAGGGGCUGCUUUUAUUCAUCUGUAGAUAUCACUACCAGCCUCUAUUCUCAGUCUUUAUCUAUUCGCCACCUGAUUAAUCCACCUGAUCUCCCCUACUUCCAACAUCGCAGAGAAAAAUAAACCUUAUCCAGGUUCAAAAUCUUAUAGAACGAUGUCUUCAACUCUACAUGACGCAGAAGGAAGUUGUGGAAACUCUGCUGGCUCAGGCUAAAAUUGAGCCUGGUUUUACUGAACUUGUUUGGCAAAAGCUUGAAGAAGAGAAUAGAGAAUUCUUCCAGGCUUAUUAUCUGAGAUUGAUGGUGAAGCAACAAAUAAUGGAAUUCAACAAGCUGCUUGAGCAACAGGUGCGAUUGAUGCCCCAGAUUCAUCCAACUGGGGUUGUUUCAGUGUCUAAUUCUAAUGGACUUCGCUUGCCACCAAUGCCCCAGAACUCAGCCUGCUAUGGCCCAGAGGAUUCAGGACCAUCUUUGAAGCAGGAGAACAUGCACCAUCCCAUUGGCUCCAGUUUGCCUAAUGUAUUCACUAAUGGUAGUUCAUCAUUGCAUGCUGGAAUGCAUGCCGCUGUUGAGCUGCCUACCCAUGCCACCAGGAUUGAUGCUCCACCAGCCAUGCUUUCAACUCAGAAUUCAAACAUGGGUCUGAUGCAAGGAAUAAAUGGGAAAAUGAUAAAAUCAGAAACUGGUUAUUCAGGCAGUUCUGCUUACAUGUUUGGUACUGAGAGCAAUGUUCUGGAGGCACGUCCAACAAUUGGGGAUACGUCUUUCAGUAGUGUAGAAUCAAGCUCACAGCCUCUGAAUGAACCACUUAUGGAUGCUGACACUUCUUCAAUUGGAUAUUUAGGCCAGAUCCCUCGCAAUUUUAGUCUUUCAGAUCUUACAGCUGACUUUUCUCAGAGUUCAGAUAUACUGGAGAGCUAUCCCCGGUCACCCUUUUUAGCAAUCGAUAAUGAAAGUUUCCUGGAUUCUCGUGAAAGAGAACAUCAAGGAGACAACAAAAGGUUGGACACAAUAUCAGAAGGAUUGAGUUAUGAAGAUUUUAGAAAUGAAUAGCCCUACAAUGUCAAUGGUACAAACAAGAGCUCCCCUAGGCAAAAGGGUUUUGUAUAUAGCAUUUUAGAAGUCAAAACUCCUUUGAUUGAAGGAUAGAAGUUCACUGACAUCAUUCUGUAGUUAUGCAAAAUUGACAAUAGGAUGGAUCCGAGAGGAUAAAAAAAAAAGAAAAGAUUUUAAGUUCUUCAUACUCAGUUCUUUUGUGCCCAUGGGAGUCGGUGGGAGCGACUUUACCUGAAUCAGCUUUGGCUUGGCUUAGAAUCUAGUAGCAGUCUGGUGUGAUAUGGUUAUGGUAGUCCUAUCAACAGGACAUUUUGUUGACGACUACAUAACUAAUGCCUUUUGAUUUGGAAUGGGAUUGUGGGAUAAUAUAUUUUGUCCAAAUUUGUUGUGUUGUUAAAGGGUAUAAGUUUGUGAAGAAUCAAUAUGCAGAAUUGUAAAUACGGUGCAGUUUGCCCUGAAGGUGACCAUGCCAUUAUUUAGCUCAAAUUCUAAUUACUAUUGCAAAUA